AUGACCAUAGCGCAGCCUGGGGUCGGGGGCUCAGAUGCCCCGAAGGGUCCGCCGAAGUCCAGGAGCGGCGAAACUUCAGGCGGAGCAGGACCUGUCCUCCCAUGGAUGUGCGUGCCCCUGACUAUAGAAUCUGGGAGUGGUAUUCCUGUCGAAAAAGUGCUAGGCCUGGAUGCUCGCCUGGCCUCUCAACUCCGCAACGGGUUUGGGUUUCCGGAACUGUUCCCUGUGCAAACAGCCGUGUGGCAGCACUCCGCGGGGGGGACCAGCACCGCACACGACCUCUGUGUAGCAGCGCCCACCGGCAGCGGCAAGACGCUGGCGUACGCGCUGCCUGUCGUCAACUCCCUUGCUGAUGUGGGCUGUCUUCGCGCACUGGUGGUGCUGCCCACCAGAGACUUGGCGGUGCAGGUAUACGACGUUUUUCGGCCGCUGUGUGAUGCCGUACAGCUUAACGUGGCGCUAGCGGCGGCUCGUACCUCAGAAGCGGCCGAGGCGGCGGCGAUUGUGGGGCUGCCGGCGUCGUCGUCGUCGUCGUCUCCGUUCGUCGCUGGCGGCGGCUCCGCCGCCGCCCCUGGCUGCCGCCGCGGCGCGGAUGUGCUGGUUGCGACUCCUGGUCGGCUGAUGUCGCACCUGAGUGGCUCGCCGGGUGUUUCUCUGCGGCACCUGCGCUUUCUGGUAGCGGACGAGACCGAUCGUCUUUUGCGUCAGAGCUACCAAAGUUGGUUGCCGCGACUACCAGAAGCUGUUCCGAAGCCAAAGCUCCAUAUAUCCCCCAGUGACUCCCCUAUUCUCUUUGGAUCACUGCCCCGCCACGCGCGCCGCUCGGCUUCGUCACAGACAUAUAUACCGUGUACACAUGUGAUGUGUAGGGUGGUCAAGAUUGUGGUGUCUGCCACUUUGACCCGCGACCCAGCCAAGCUACAGCGUCUGGCGUUGCACCAUCCACGAUUCGUCGCCACGGCGACAGCGGCCGGCGGCGGCGGCGGUGGCGCCGCAGCCGGGCGGUACUCACUACCUCGCAGCCUCUCCGAAUACCGAUUGAUGUGUUCUGCUGCCCGCAAGCCGUUGGUGCUGUUGGCAUUGCUUCAGGAGUGGUCGGGGCAGAGCACCAUCGUGUUCACCUCCUCCUUGGAAAUGACCCAUAAGCUGUUCCUCAUGCUGUCUGCCGUACAAGACCUCCCUGAUGAGGUGGUCGAGUACUCCAGCUUGGUGCCGGUGCGGGCCCGGGCAGCUGCUUUGGAGCGCUUCCGAACAGGUAGCGUUGAGCUGCUCGUGGCCUCGGACGCCAUGACGCGUGGAAUGGACGUGGACUGCGUGCAGAAUGUGAUUAACUACGACGCGCCUGUGUACGCCAAGACUUAUGUGCACCGUGCUGGCCGUACCGCCCGCGCCGGCAAGCCCGGCCGUGUCAUUACGCUGCUGCGCGACGAGGACAUGCGGCAUUUCAAGGCCAUGAUCCACAAGGCUGACAACAACUUUGUGCGCGAGUAUAAGCUCCCGUCGGAGCGUGUAGAGGCGCUGCGGCCUGCGCUGACGGGGGCGCUGCAGCAGCUGGAGGAAUUGUUGGCAGCGGAACGAGCGUCGGACAUGCAGCAGCAGCAGCAGCAACAACAACAGCAGGCAAAACAGCAGAAGCAGAAAGCGGUGACGCAAUUGCAAGGGUUCGAGAACGGAAAGCCUGAAGCGUUGGGGAAGGGCAAGCAGAAGGGCGUGGAGAAAGGGCAGCAGGCGGAGACAGCGGCAGAAGUGGCUGAGGGAAAGCGGCAGCAUCAAGCUCAAAAGGAUUCGGGAGGGCAGCAGAAGCACCCGACGCAAAGCGUGAAGGAAGGGGAUGAGGCACCGAGGCAGCGGGAGGAGGGGGCUCGAUUGAACGGCGCAGUCGGCGGGAAAAAGGGUCUGAAGCGGGACCGCGAGCAGCUUCCGGACGGAUCUCGAAAACGAAAAAUACGCGGGACAAAAAAGUAG